CAAGUAUGGCCCUGGUAUGGCCUAUAUGCAAUGCAGCUGCAGCCCUGUAUGUUUUGUUUUGGAUUUUGCCACUGUCCGCUGUUCCAAGUUGCCGACGAUUCCAGUCCUUUAUUCAUUAAUUUUCUCUAUUUUCAUUGAAUAUUUUGGUUGCAUUAUAUAUAGUGCAUUGUCUUGCACUGGUAAUUUUUGUAUUAGAGCAACUUCUCGCUUUUCAAUUCGAACGUUAGAAAAUUUUCAAAGGUUUUCAAAAACGACGACUUGAUCCUCUUGUGCGGCCGCUGGCAGAAUGUCAUCAUUUCAAAAGAAGUACGGUCUGACUGUGCCCAAGAAAAAGUCCGAGCCUGCAGAACCGUCAGGAACCUUAAAACCUCGCCUCUCUUGUUUUGAUGAAGAAAGUGACGAUUCGGAGCCCGAGAGCAAAAAAGUUGGUCAGGCUAUUUUGAAAGCCAGUGAAAAAAGCACUCAGAAGAGAGCUACACAGCAGCAGCUGAAAAGGGCGCUCGAGGAGGAUCCAACAGUUUUUCAGUAUGACGAAGUUUACGAAAAUAUGGAGCAGGAAAAAGCAGAAACUGUUGCCAAAAAGAAGGACGUUUCUAAAAAGCCAAAAUACAUUGAAAAUCUUUUGAAAACUGCUGAAAAGAGGAAAAUGGAAAAUGAAAGGAGGGUGGAAAGGGAGGUUCAGCGGGAACGAGAAGAAGAAGGAGAGCAGUUCAAAGAUAAAGAAGAGUUCGUCACAUCAGCCUACAGAGCUAAGCUAGAGGAAUUUAAAAAGCAGGAGGAAAAGGAAAGACUUGAGGAUGCAAUUGAAGCUAUCACUGAUGUAACAAAGCAAAAGGACCUAAGUGGGUUUUACAGGAAAAUGUACAAAGAUACAUUUUCUGCAAAGGAGAUCAAGAAAGAGCCAGAAGAGGAGGAGGAAAGCAAACCCGAGGCAGAAGUAGACGAGCCUGUCAAGAAGGAGGAGCGCACAAAGGAGAAGCGCAAAUACCGAGCAAGGAAAGACUCAUCUAGUAGUGGAUCUUCCAAGUCGGAAAAUGAGGCGGAAGCUGAGAAGUCUGCUGCGCCAGGUUCUAAAUCAAGCAGUUCUGGUAGCAGCAGCUCCAGUAGUGGUAGCAGCAGCAGUGAAAGUGAUUCCGAGGUUGAUGCUAAGAAAAAAUCAGAAGGCAAAGUGAAACCUGUCAAAGAUGGGAAAGAGAAAGUUGAGGAAACUGUGGACAAAACAAAGAAAGAUGAGGACAAGAAACCUAUAGAACCAGUAAAGCCAAAAAUAAACAUUUGGGAAAAGAGGACUGUUGGGGCUGCAUUUGAUGCUGCUUACGUUCGAUACCUACAAAGGAAAUCUGCAAGAGAAGAUUAAUCUACAAUAUUUAAAAAUUGUUAUCUUCUUGGAUAAUAAUAAAUUUUGAAUCUUUCUCCAAUUACUUGA